CUCUAACACUGCCAUGUCAACUUCCGAUCUCGCCGUCCUCUUGCCUCGCGUUAUAAUCGUAUCUAGACGGAGCCUUCGCAAGAACAAAUUCGUUGAUUUCGUCGGCGAAUAUCAUCUUGAUCUUAUAGUCGGCUAUGGAGCCGUUCCGGUGAUUGUACCUCGGGUGACGGGGGUUCAUUCGUUGUUGCACAGCUUUGAGCCGAUCCAUGGAGUCCUUCUAUGCGAAGGAGAAGAUAUUGAUCCGUCGUUGUACGAAGAUGAAGAAACCAAUCUCUCCCCUGAAGAAUUGGAGGAGAUCCGGCGGGUGCACGUCAGCGACACCGCCAUUGAUAAAGAAAAGGACACAAUAGAGCUUUCACUCGCCAAGCUCUGCCUAGAAAGAAACAUACCCUAUUUGGGAAUAUGUAGGGGGUCUCAGGUCUUGAAUGUAGCAUGUGGGGGUACGCUUUACCAAGAUAUUGGUAAAGAACUAACCAAAACUUGCCCUAAAGAGAACAAAGUGAUUCAUAUGGAUUACGAUAAUUACGAUGGGCAUCGGCAUGAGGUUUCCAUCGUAGAGGACACCCCUUUGCAUCAAUGGUUUAAGGAUUCUUUAGAAGACAAAAUGGAGAUUCAGGUUAAUAGUUAUCAUCACCAAGGAGUCAAGAGGCUAGCACAACGUUUUAAGCCCAUGGCGUUUGCACCAGAUGGUUUAAUCGAAGGAUUUUAUGAUCCGGAUGCUUAUAAUCCAAAAGAGGGUAAGUUUAUAAUGGGUUUACAGUUUCAUCCUGAACGAAUGAGGAAACCAAAUUCAGAUGAAUUCGAUUAUCCUGGAUGCACUGCUGCUUAUAAGGAAUUUGUGAAGGCAGUGGUGGCAUAUCAAAAGAAGAUCAAUAACACAACAAAGGUACCAAAAUCUCUAAAACUUGAUAAAGAGUUGGAGCAAAAAAGAAAGGCUAUCGCUCGUAGCUUCUCGCUUGCAAGAAACCUAUACGAAGGAGGAUCCAGUAUUCGUCAACCAAAAGAGUCUGAUCUCAAACCAGGAGCAGAAUUUCUUGAGUCAAAUACAGCAUUGAGUUUGCAACAAGAGAACAGACUGAAGCAGAUGGGAGCAACAGUUAGGAACGCAUCUUCAUACAUGGAGAGAUUGAAGUUGAAUGAAGAAAGAGAGAAAUUGGCAAGAGCUGUGAUGGGGAAGAUGACAAUUGAACAGUUAUCUGAUCUAAAUUUGUUCUAUCACAUGAUGGGGCAGAUAUGUUCUGAAAUGCUGGAAAAGAAGCAGAUUCAAAAUGUUAGUGUUGAUCUUCCAUGAUUCUAAAAGCCAAAUUAAAGCCUAUAAUGAUGAUUUCUUUAAUAAAGAAUCACAUGAUAUUAGGAAAAAAGGAUCCAUCUUUUGCUCUUGCUGUAACUACCUCUCCCAAGAUUUCGUUGGUGGUAAAUGGCCAAUCACUUUUUUCAUGAUCACAUGCAUUCAUCUUGUUUGUGGUUGCUUUUUUUGGUGUGUAUGGAGUAUGGAGCAUUGGAAAUGGGCCUAUGCUUGGGAAUCUUAUUUGGUUUCUAUUUGUAAUUCUUAAUGGGCUUGUAGCUGUGCCUUGUUGGGUUUAAUUUUUGUCAUUUGUAUGUAAAACUAAUAGCAGCUGUCUGUUAGUGUAUCCCAUCCUGUAAUUUACUAAGAAGUCAAAUAUUUUAUACAACUAAAGUCAACAAAUUCCUACC